GAGAAAUGAUCCGACCCGAUGGAUUCAAGCGACAGACCCAGCGUCGAAGACGAAGGUGCAACAGGCAAAGAAUCAAUGAGCCAACCUCAAACUGAAUACACAACAGAAAAAGCCAUUAAUUUUGGGUUCCUCCUUUUCAUCUCCUAAUCUCCGGGUUGUGUUUUGUUGCUCCAGUCGUGGGUUCCUGGUGUAAUUUACGACUCAGCGAAAAAGAUCUAUUUUCCCGUCAUCCCAUAAUUCUCUUCCAUUUUCUCCUGGUUUUUGUUCUAUGGGGAUUCAAACAAUGGGGUCUCAAGCCAAUGGCCAACAGCCUCAUUUACAGCCAUCCCCAUUGUUAAGGCAGAGCUCAUGGUAUAACCUCACCCUAGACGAAGUUAAAAAUCAGUUGGGAGACAUGGGGAAACCAGUGGGUAGCAUGAACCUUGAUGAGCUUCUUCAGAAAGUGUGGACUGCUGAAGCAAAUCAAUCCAUGGGAAUGGACAAUGAGAACUCCUCGUCGUCGUCUUCCCUCCAACGGCAGGCCAGUGCAACAUUGGCCAGGGCAUUGAGUGGGAAGACGGUUGAUCAAGUGUGGAGAGAGAUUCAACAAGGGCAGAAUAAGAGGUACGGUGAAGGCAUGAGGGGUCAGGAUAGAAAUAUGACGCUUGGGGAAAUGACUUUAGAAGACUUCUUGGUACAAGCAGGGCUUUUUGCUGAUGCUUCUAUAGGUCCUACCAUGGAGUUGGAUAUGGCUGAGCAGAGUUUUUCUCUGAAAAUGGGUUUGUCAUCAUCCCCUUCAACUGGCACCUUAUCAGAUACAACAAUGCCAGGACGGAAAAGGAAUGGCUCAGAUACGUUGGAGAAGACUAUGGAAAGGAGGCUAAAGAGAAAAAUCAAGAACAGGGAAUCAGCUGCGCGCUCACGAGCUAGAAAACAGGCUUACCAUAACGAACUGGUGGGCAAGGUUUCACUAUUGGAAGAGGAGAAUAUCAAACUCAAGAAAGAGAAGGAAUUUGAUCAAAUGUCGCCUUGUGAAUCAUCACCUGAAACAAAGUAUCAGCUUCGAAGAACAAAUUCAGCCUCUUUCUGACAUCAUCUUUGCACUGAAGGUUUGGAGUUCCCUAUUGUUGUGACUAAUGUAAUGGACAGCUGAGGAAGCUGCUUUGGGAUUUCUUAACCAGGCUCCUCUCCCACCAUUAGGGCUGGCUUUAUGUAAAUUUAUGAUUCAACUGAUUAUUAAAUAUAUAAUUCAGCAAAAGUGCCAUGUUUAUAAAUGUCGGCUCUGUUUUGCUGGAAACUAUAGUAGGAAAAGUCCAUGUUAGUUGAGUCCAUAUUAGGAAAGAAGCGAGUCCAUGUUAGUCUCUAGUCUAUUUCCUGGAAAGUUGGCUUGCAAGUCGAAAGCAAUGAAGCCUCUUUAUGAGUUUGGAGUUUAGGACUGUAAUUGACCAAGUGUCUUGGUGAAACUCAGGAGUCAUUAUCAUAUCCAUGUUGAGCUACCAAGUACUUGUCUGUGUGUAACAUACUACACUACACUUUUAUCUUAUUCCAUUGAUGUGGUAAUGUCAUCUUUAUUUUUCUUAACAA